UCGUGGUGCACAGAAGUUACAGAGCUCUCGAAAAUGUAGCAUCACAAAGUAUCGUCAGAAGGAGCAGAUUAGGACAGCAGACUAACACAGAUUAUCAAUCACACCCUGGGAAGUACAGAUUACCUCGAGCAGCAGUCCACCCGUGGAGGAAUCAUGCGUUUUUUCCUUCUCUCCGCGUUUUUUGUGGUGUCCGCAGGUGAAGGCAUCACUGUCGCUGUCAAAGGCUUUGAGAAAGACGAUGUGCUCCUGCCAUGCAAUUGCUCUAAUAGAGAUUUGAAUAAGGACUUCAAGUGGCAAGUGGAAGAUGAUGAGGAGAGAGGGGUGAAGGGAAAAUUGAUCUUCAGAUAUAAUGAUGGGACCUUAGAUUUUAAAGACAACCCGUCCCAUCGAUAUGAAACAUUUUUUCAUAACGACAGCAGUAAUUGUUCUGUUCUCUUAAAAAACAUCACAAAAGAAGACCAGGGAAAAUACAGUUGUCGUUUUUAUUCUCCACUAUACAGACGUUUUUUUUUUGAUCUCACGCUUUGUGGCACAAAUAUUUCUCAGCACAGGGAGACUCACCCAAAUGGUGGAAACAUUUACCAAUGUGUUGUAAAGCUUGACUGCUACAAAGAGCCUAACAUUCAGUGGACUUGGAACAAUGGAACGUGUCUGUCAAAUUCAGCCACGACUAACAUCUCUACUACAUACAGCCUGGAUAAAGAAACUGGCGUCCACUAUUUUCACAGUAGACUUGAGACUAAAGACAGCUUACCCUCAGAGCCUAAGUGUGAACUCAGUCCUCUGUGCGAACCUGAAGGGGAGCCUGAAGGAAUAAUUUCACCUUUAGAUACCAAGCCAAACCUCUAUUUCAGGAUAUUCUGUACAGGGGUCCCCGUAGUGUUGGUGCUUGGAUUUUUGCUGAUUUGGUGCCGUCGUGGAACGUCUCACAGAUUUUACAGCGAGGAAGACGUGUAAACUAGUGACUUCUGUCAGACGAGCUCCAAAGUGAAAAUGGGAAAGUACUUUAUUCUGAGCCAGAGGAGGUGAUUACAAACUGCUGAUGCAAUACUGGCUGUUUGCAAAAUCUAGUUUUCAUCUUUUGUUCCCGCUCAUGGAAAGUACAUCUAUUUUUGGAAGCUAAAGGAGGAGGAGACUAUUCCAUUCAUCAGAUUUCCUUGUCGAGAGUAAAAUCUGAGUUAUAUAUACCAGAUGCUAAGUGCCGUAUUUACGUAUUUUAUAUUAAUACUUUAUAUGUACCAUAACCAGUUUACUCAACAUUACUCUGACAUUGCUGCACUAAUCGGUUAUGGGCUUUAUUUUCCCUAAAUCUAAUAUUUGUACCAACAUAUUUUCUCAUUGUUUAUCUCAGUGAACUUAAAUACUAACUUGUUAUGUAUAAAAUGUAUAUAUUUUAUUACCAAACUUAAGUUUCUGUGUAAAGGCUUCUUUUGUUUGAUGACAUGGAAAAAUGUAAUUUGUUCUUCUAUAACUGUCUUUUUGGUACGUGGAGCACUGUGAAUUUUUUUUUUUAUACUACUUUUCUUUCUUUUUUUUAAAACUUUUAUAAACAAGUAGGUUUAGGGUAAUGUGUAUGAUGUAUAGUUAAUAGAAAAAAACAUUCAGGAGCCAUGCAAGAAGUUGGUAAAUGAUGUUGCUUAACUCAACUGUGAAACAUCACUGUGCUAAGUAGCUGUGCAGCUCUGGUCCCUUUUUGGGAAUUAGGUUAUCAGCCUUGAAACUGCGACCGCAGUCAGGACAGUACGCCAAAAUUUGAAGAAUGGAGAAGUGUAAUGAAAUGUGAAUCUGUGGCCUUUUUCAGCACCAAAAAGAAAAGUGUAUUAAAAAGAGUAAAACAAACAUUUUGGUCUUGUUUUUUACAAAGUUGUUGAUAAUGUUUGUUUCUGUUUAAUACUCUGUAUAGUUUUGUAUCCUGAUAUUGUAACGUAUAAUUUUUAAUGUCAAUUCUAACAUGUUUAAUAACCACAUACAAUAAGGUUAAAGUGUUGUUCACACAAUACUGACAAUAGAAACUGAGUGUGAUUUACAUCCACAUGAUCUACCUGAGAUCUGGUCAGAUAUUUUGCAACACCUUUAUGUUUUUUCAAGAUUGAUUUGUAAAAUGGAAUUCAGCAAUAAAGUUUGUUUUUUUAAAAAUUG